GAUUGGCCGAGGCCGUGGACGGGCUCGCCGUGCCGGGUAUUGUUUCUUCGCUCGUGCACGCAGAGUGCAAACUUUGAUUUGCGUUAGGUCUUGUUUAUCCGAGUGAGUUUAUUCGCCUGCUGGUUUUCGUCUUCCUGUCUGCAUGCAGGCGUCCUUGUGCGCGGAGCCCAAUGGAGCUGGAGGGUCAGUGGUGGAAAGGAGAGCUCGCAGAGGACAUCUAUCAGGCCCUGCGUUACAAAGAGCUGCGGUUGCCUGCGUACAAAGGCCAGUCCCCACAGCUGAGCCUUAGACGGUAUUUUGCAGACCUUAUAGCUAUAGUCAGCAAUCGCUUCAAGCUGUGCCCGGCAGCCAGGCACUUGGCCGUCUACCUGCUGGACCUGUUCAUGGACCGCUAUGACAUCUCAGUGCAGCAGCUUCACAUGGUCGCGCUGUCCUGCUUGCUUUUGGCCAGUAAGUUUGAGGAGAGAGAAGACCGCGUCCCGAAGCUGGAGACGCUGAACAGUCUGGGCUGCAUGAGCUCUAUGAACCUGGUUCUGACCAAACAGGGUCUGCUGCACAUGGAGCUGCUGCUCCUCGAGACGUUUCAGUGGAACCUGUACCUCCCCACCGCCGCUCACUUCAUAGAGUACUACCUGCCGGUCGCUGUGAAUGAGACGGACCUCCACGACGGCUGGCCGAUGGUGUGCAUGGAGAAGACCAUGCUGUACAUGUCCAAAUAUGCUGACUACUUCCUAGAGGUCUCUUUACAAGACCAUGCAUUCCUGCGAUUCGUCCCGUCCCUGGUUUCCGCGGCGUGUGUUGCCUCUUCCAGGGUGAUCUUGCGUCUGUCUCCGACCUGGCCUCCGCGCCUGCAGCGUCUGUCGGCGUACGCCUGGGAGCAGCUGAUACCCUGCGUGGAGAGACUUCUAAUUGCUCAUGACAGUGACGUAAAGGAAGCAAACAAGCAGAAACGCCCUCCGCCGAGUGCUCCUCCCGCACAGAUGGUGUAUCCCGUCCAGGGUCCGAGCGUGUCCUUGCAUCAGUACAUGCAGCGGCCGAACACGCAGUACAUGCAGCAGAACUGCCAGCCGGUGGUGGUGUCCUCACAAGGUCCGCCGGCGUACCUGACGCACACGGCUCCUCUGCACGGCCUCACGCAGACGCAGGCCGCGGACGGCAAGGUGAACGUCUCCAGCAGGGCUUACCAGGUGAACUCGCUCUACCCCUGCGCCGCUCCCUGCUUCGACCGGUGAUGAACGCGUCGGACGUAUACGCCGCACAGGGGAGAGUUUAUAUUCGUAACGCCGGCACGCCGCUCUUAACCGUUACUUCAGCUGCUGAGUCCUUUUUUAAUUUACGCGAUCGGGGUGAAAGCUGGGUGAUUCAUAUCACUGCGAUGUUCAUGAGCUGUGGGAUAAUACGAAAUGUGCAAUAUUCUGAUGCUGUCGUGCAUCAGCCCCUGAAUACAGCCUCGUGGUGUUUCGUUCGUUGUGUUAAGUUUACUAUUAUUUACGGCCAUCUUUCAUAAAUGAAGACAUAAUGGUAGUUCAAAUCAACAUUGUGUGGGAAAUUAAUGUGGUUUUUACUAGCACAAGCGAGUGUUAUUUUUGCUCUACCUCACUGAAUGCAGACUAUUGUUACAAAUGCACUUUGGUACAGUGUUGUUUAUUUGUUUGUUUUGUUUUUCCUUUUUAAAUAAAAACGCUACGUUUCUGUUGUAGCUAGUUUCGGGUUUGGGUGUGGAAAUUUUACACUGAGGUUUGUAGCCACUGGAACAUGUUCAUGAUUAAAAUUCACCCUUCUCGGAUUCGCACGAACGCUGGCAUAUUGAAACUAUUAGUUCUAACUGUGCAAUCCAGUUCAAUGUAUUGUUUAUUUAUUCUUUUUCUUGGAUAUCACUAUGAUUAUUACAAAAGUUUGUUAUUGCUGUUUUAAACAAAUGCGUGCUCUCUUAUUAAAGUGAUCACGACUAUAUAAAGACACAGAAAAAACACAAACACACUUAUUUAUUUAUUCAUUCAUGUUAUGUAGAAUGGUAAUGGGACUUUUAAUUUGUAAUUUUUGUGCUCGCAACGGUCACAAAAAAUGGUUACAAUUCACGAACAUGGUCAAGGACUAAUUACAAUUUCUCAAUUUUAAUAUAUUAAAGUAAGAGUAAAUUUAGGGCAAGUGUAAUUGAAAUUAAAUUUGUUACAAAAUACACAAACCAAGCCCUAAACAACGAAAAGACGACUUAAAAACACAGUUUUGUGGUUGUGUAAUCGAUGUCUGACCGCAAAUGUAUCCCUUUUCUUGUUCUGUUUGUACCGUUACGAUUUAUUCUCUAGACUUUUAUUUUGAAGAAUACCAUAGUAGCUGUGGCUGUAAAGCCCUUUUAGUUUGUUACCCUCGUAGAUAAAACCUCGUCAGUCAGAGAGUAUUAAAGACACUUAAACAGUUAUAUUUAUAGUAAUGUAUUUAUACUUUAACAAAAUUAAUAUUAUAAAUAAAUAUAACAGGGUGUCUGACAGCAAAUGU